AUGGCGUCGGUUUCAAGUAUCACCGCCGUGAACGUGUCUUCGGGCGGCCCGCUCGUCGACUUCCUGCCCACGUGCUCGAGUUUAUGCAUCGCGGUGCAGGAACAUCAUGCCGAGGCCGAGGGCGAUGCUUUGGCGAAGUUGCAGAAUAAAGUAAGAGCUGCUGGGUACCAUGGUAUAUGGGAGCCCGCCCUACCUGGGCAGGGAGUUGGCAGCAGAGGCGGGGUUGCGGUGCUGGCCCCGCUGCGGGUGGUCAUCACCAAACCCCCAGGCCUGGAUAGUCACGUGCUGCAGGAAGGCAGGAUGAUGGCGGCCCACGUCCACGCUGGGGUGAAGGGCGGCUUCGUCAUGCUGUCGUGCUAUUUCAUUGUGGACGUCAAGCUGUCGCCCGAGAACCUGGCCAUGCUGUGCAAGCUGUACCAGUAUGUCAGGUCGCUGGAGGCCAUGGGUGUUCCGUGGAUCGUAGGAGGCGACUUCAACAUGGAGGUGGGCGAGCUCGGCCCGUUGUCCUGGCUCCAGUCGGCCAAUGGCGUGGUGCUGGCGCCGAGAGAGCCGACUUGUCUUCAGAGCCUUCCUGGCCGCACCAUUGACAUGUUCAUGGUUUCUUGCCGUUUGCUGCCUCGUGUUCGGCAACCAGUGGUCGUCGACGCGGAGACGUGGCCGCAUCUACCAGUGACCAUGGAGCUCUCCGCCACGGCUUUUGACGCGAAGGUCAGGAGGCUUGUCGAGCCACGCGGCUUUCGGAGGCCGCCUGCGGCGGGGUGCGCGAGGUUCCCCCCCGACUGGGACCCGGCCUUGGCGAUCAUCCAGAGCGCGUCGGACAGCGAGGGCAUCACCAGGGCCUGGGACGUCGUGCUCAGCGGCAUCGAGUUCGAGCUGCGGGGCCGCUACGACGUCGUGACGGACGUGGCGGGGUACUCCACGGUGCCAGGCCCCCCGACCUUCGAGCUGGCGAGUUUUCACCCUGUCGUGAAAGGUGCCUGGAGCAGGAGGUCGGCGGACACCCAGGCCUGGGCGCAGGCUGCGCGCUGGGCUCGUCACCUCAGGAGGGUUCGAUUGGCCUUGCAGAGCUUCGUGCUCCAGCUACGCCCGCAGCAGGUCUUCGAGCUCGGCAGCGUCGGCGAGGCGCACGUCGACGGUGUGCCUGGCCUGGGCGAUGGGGCACCCCCUGCUGCGGAGGACCUAUCGUGGGACGCCGUGCACUCCCAGGCGGCGCGCCACCUGCUGGAGUGCGAGAAUUUCUUCCAGAGAAUCUGGCGGAGGAAGGGAGUCUGGCCGCACCUGGACGCCGAAGCCGUCGGCUUCUUCUCGCGUGGCUUACUUGCCUUAGCGCAGGCAGACUUCGAGCAGCAGGUCGACCGCAUCCUGAGUAUCUCCUCCGAUGCUGAGGCCAAGCAUGAGAAGGCCGUGAUGCAGAGCUGGAGGCAGUGGGCGCAGGCAGCUUUUGCGGCUGGAGCCAAGGGAGCUCACCGUUUCAUGAAGCCCAAGGCUCUCCAGGAGAUCGUGGACGGAGGCAAUGGGCUACAACAUGGGUACGUACUGGCUGAUCGUAAGCUUGAGUAUUGGGAAAGCUUCUGGGUGCGGCAUGGCGGUGAGCUGGCUCGCCGACCUGUUGAUGCUGACACUUGGGAGCAGCUGCCAAGGCGUGAGGCGGCCGACGUACUCAAGGCAAUCCGUUGUUUCUCUUGGCAGACAGGCGUCGGGCAGAUCAACAUCGCGCCCAGGGCCAUGGAGCACCUCUCCCACGGGGCGCUGACGGCCAUGGCGCGCCUCUUCGAGCGGUGCGAGCAGUUCCUGCUGUGCGUGGAGAAGGCCCAUGCGCUACCAGAGGUCUGGGGCCACACUGGAGGCAAGUCGUCGAGUGAUGCGGCCUUUGAUUUGGCGCUCACCAAGGAGAUGGCGACCCUGUGCGAUGACGACGCCAUCAUUGUGCUGCUGGACAUGCUCAAAUGCUACGAGCUGGUCAGGCAUGAUGCCAUUUUGUUGGAGUGCAGGGCCAGUGGAUACCCUAUGCGAAUGGCGUUCAUGCUUGUGCAGAUGUACCAGCAGCUGCGCUCGGUGCACUCGUAUUCUUCGUAUUCAGUGGCGCGCAGGGCGUAUCAGGGCAUCCUGGCAGGCUGCACCCACGCCACUACGCUUCCCAUGGUGUUGUUGACUCGCAGCAUUCGCCAGACGAUGUCGGUCGCUCCUCAGGUUCAGCCCAAGGACUUGGUGGACGACGUCGCGCUGUGCUGGGUCGGCAACGACCCGAGCGGGGUGCGAGAAAUGGCCAUUGCCACUCGUGCUUUCUGCAGGGCUGUCCGGCCCCUCGGGCUGGUGCUGCAGAUGGAUAAGUCUGGGCACCUUACGACGUCCAGGCGCACCAGCUACCAUUUUCAGAAGUACGCCAGGCUGCUGAAGAUCGCUGGCAAGAGGCACAUGCGGUAUCUUGGCCACGACCUAGCUGGGUCGUCGGCCACAAGGGCCGUGCAGAAGGGACGCCUGAAGGCCAUGCACGGAAAGAAGGCAAGCGUUCGAGCACUGCAGAAGGGAGCAGGACGACAGCGGGCGGCUCGGCUCUGGGCCACGGGUGUGCUGCCAUCCGUGGGGCACGGAGCCACGGUCAGCGGCAUCAGCGACACGGAGCUGCAGCAGAUGAGGACCAUGGCUGGCGUCUUCUGUGGCUACAAAGGGUCGGGCUCCCUGACGCUGUACCUGGCCGCGCAGCAGUGGAGCUUCGACCCCAUAUUCCACGCUACCUUCAGCAUCGUGGGGCAGUACGCGGCGUGGGUGUGGGAUGGGCGUGUGACGCUCUCCCGACUGCAGCGGGCCUGGAUGGGCUUGCGUGACUCCUGGGAAGCCCGCCACACUCACGUCACGUGGGCCAGUGCGCAGGGCCCGCUUUCGGCCUUGUGGUUGCCCCUCAGGAGAGUCAACUGGAACAUGGCAAGUUCUACAAUCUUGGUUGACGAUGAGGGCCUGCAUAUCAGUUUGCUGCAGUAUUGUCCCAGUGAGGUGCUGUUUUUCCUGCGUCGCAGCCUCGACCGUUGGCAGAGCCAUCGUAUCCUCGACCAGCUGCCUGAGGCGCCCCCAGCCGAGGGUGACGGCAGGCGGCAGCAGCAUGUGUGGCUUCGUGCGCUUCGACUGGGACACGCCUCCUUGGCGCCUGGCCACAGAGGGGCUCUGGCCAAGCUGCAGUCCAACGGGUUCUGGUCGCCGCAGCGCCGCAUGCAGGCUGGCUACGGCGGCGACGGUUCGUGCGAGUUCUGCGGGGAGGCCUGCUGCGACCUCGAGCAUGAGAUCUUCGGCUGCACGGUAUUGCAUCAGCAGCAGGAGGACGAGGAGACGGAGCCGUACCCCGAGGAGGUGGCCAAGAGGAGGAAGGACAUCCUGGAGGCAGCCCCGUGGCGCGACGGGGGCCAGGUGCAGGACUUCUCGUCCGUCGACGUGCUCUACGCGCUGCCCCUGAGGCCUGCUUUCAGGCCGCUGCCUGCACGUGCUCAGGCUGAGCGCGAGUGGGGGGCGAUCGACAUGCCGUGGCCGUCGAAGUUGCACGGGGACGG